CRUUCCCGCCGCUCUCGUYCGCGCCGAGAUCCGGAAGCGCGGCGGCAGUUCCGGGGCUCGCUCGGUGGGACCGGUGUGGGGCUCCCGCCUCAUCUCCKUAMCCUUUMAUGGCGCACAUCACCAUAAAUCAGUACCUGCAGCAAGUGCAGGAAGCCAUUGAGAGCAGAGAUGGACCAUUUUGUGCAGAAUUAGUAUCAUUUAAACAUCCACAUGUUGCAAACCCAAGGCUACAGCUUCCAUCUCCAGAGGAGAAAUGUCAGCAAGUUUUGGAACCACCUUAUGAUGAAAUGUUUGCAGCCCACUUAAGGUGUACUUACGCUGUUGGAAACCAUGACUUCAUAGAAGCAUACAAAUGCCAAACGGUUAUUGUCCAAUCUUUCCUGCGAGCAUUUCAGGCACAUAAAGAAGAAAAUUGGGCCUUACCUAUUAUGUAUUCUGUAGCCCUUGAUCUUCGAAUUUUUGCUAAUAACGCAGAUCAACAGCUUGUGAAGAAAGGGAAAAGYAAAGUUGGUGACAUGUUGGAAAAAGCAGCAGAACUGCUGAUGAGCUGCUUUCGAGUCUGUGCCAGUGACACUCGAGCAGGUAUUGAAGACUCAAAAAAGUGGGGCAUGUUGUUUCUCGUGAAUCAACUGUUUAAAAUUUAUUUUAAGAUCAACAAGCUCCAUCUCUGUAAGCCCUUAAUUAGAGCAAUUGACAGCUCAAAUCUGAAGGAUGAGUACAGUAUGGCACAGCGAGUUACAUACAAAUACUAUGUGGGACGCAAGGCUAUGUUUGACAGUGACUUUAAGCAAGCUGAAGAGUAUCUGUCAUUUGCCUUUGAGCACUGUCACCGAUCAAGCCAGAAGAAUAAAAGAAUGAUUUUGAUCUAUCUGCUGCCAGUAAAAAUGUUGUUGGGCCAUAUGCCAACAGUUCAACUCUUAAAAAAGUAUGACCUUAUGCAGUUUGCUGAAGUAACAAAGUCUGUGAGUGAGGGAAAUCUUCUCCUAUUGAAUGAUGCUCUGACAAAGCAUGAGACCUUCUUUAUUCGAUGUGGAAUCUUUCUUAUCCUUGAAAAGYUGAAAAUUAUCACGUAUAGGAAUCUCUUCAAGAAAGUAUAUUUACUACUCAAAACCCAUCAGUUAUCUCUAGAUGCUUUUCUGGUUGCUCUGAAGUUUAUGCAAGUAGAUGAUGUUGAUAUUGAUGAAGUCCAGUGUAUUUUAGCUAACCUUAUAUAUAUGGGUCACAUUAAAGGCUACAUAUCCCAUCAACAUCAGAAGCUUGUGGUCAGUAAGCAGAACCCAUUUCCUCCUCUGUCAACAGUGUGUUGAGUAUUGCAUUUCAGCCAUGCAAGUACUCUUCAGAUACAGGGUUUGCCCUGUGGAACUGCUCCCAGUCACCCCAAGAGCACUGUAAAUGGCCUGGUUCRUGUCCAGGACUGAAAUACCAGGAACUGUUCGUGGCUUCUUUCCCAGAAUGGCCAAGGCAGCCAGUGUUACAAAGUGCAUUGGAAUGAAAUGCUAACUUUUAAAUGGUAGUUUCCACAGGCUUUCUAGAUCAUUCGAACUAUUUCAUGAAGAAAUAAAGCAAAGCAUUCCAAAUUCCUUCUGAACUACUUAAAAGCUUUUAUAAAGUACUUUGUGUUACUAUUUCUGYGUUUAUCUUUCAGAGAGAAGUAUCAGCCUUUGUUACUUGUGUUA